AGUGUACUGUCUUUUUAGGGCCAGACAACAUUUUGUUUUAUUUUGUGAUUUUGUUGAGAUUCCCGAUAAGUGAUAUAAUUCUGUUUCAGCUGUGUUGCAAUUUGGUUUAUUCUAAUUAUGUACUCUAAUUGUGGUGUUAGUAUGUGUUAGUGUGUGUGGAGAAGUAGGGCUCAGGACCAGCUGAGUGAGGGGAUUGUUUGCUUUGCUCAACUCUUGGUAUUGCAGGGCUUUGUGUAGAUUUUAGUGAGGGUCGCUUGGUUUAAAUUGCUUCCAAAAUUUGAUUGACCUUUCUUGUAUUUUGAUAAGUAGUGGGUAUAGGCCUAAUUCUGGCCAGUGCGCAUUGUUUGUUGUGUUUUUAUGUUUACUGAAUUCUGCAUGCAGGAUUUCAAUUGGAUGUUUCACCCAUUUUUGACUGAUGAGUGGACCCCACACCUCACUGCCAUAAAGAGCAAUUGGUUAAAUUAUAGUUCCAAAGAUUUUAAGACAAAUUUGAAUUGGAAUCCUUACAGAAAUGUAUCAUUUUCGGGUGUAGAAGUCCCUGCAUUUAUUCGCUGCUAAGCUGAGUUUUCUCUUUCGGUCUGUGUGUGAGUAUUUGAGGGGCACGGUUACCAACUAACCGUUUUUUCCCUUGGCUUAUUGGAUUCUCUGGCUUUCUACCCUUUAAAUGUCGUUAGAUGGGAAAUCACGUGAUAGUUUACUAAAAUUUCAUUCACUAAAAAUUUGAUUCCCCCACCCCGCCUGCUUAUUGGUUCACAGAUUUGGCGGGUUGCAGUUCCCACCGCUUUUCAAACAGGCUCCCGUCCUAUUGGAUGGUGUGACCGUUACGUCACACUAUAUAAUUGGUAAAAACAGACUUUUGCUGAUUUGCUACGCAGUUUUGAAUCCUGGUAGUAGGCAUGUCGUCCAUGCUACUAUUUCGCAUUUAGUAUUAACCAGCCGUUUAGAGGAAAACCCGAAAACACAUCCGAACGGGCUGUCCAAGAAAUGUUUUAACAAUUUUUUUGCUAGGGCUUGUAUACUGUGAAACAAAUGAGUGAUAAACGUAGCUAGCGGCACACGGCUUCGUUGAGCCAACGGUACUGGUAUGAAAGCGGAAAUUGGAAUGGGUGGACUUUAAUCUUUGUACUCUCGCUGGAUUCUUGAACGGGAGCACGCAAAAUUAGCCGAAGACUCACUUUCAAAACAGAAGUAGCCAACGUUGGCAGGCUAGCUAACUUGGCUAGGUUUGCUGUUGUAAGUAUGGAAUUCAGUGCGGAUGCACACCGGAUAAUGAGCAUAUCAAUGGGAAAGAUUUAUAAUUCCCGCGUACAGCGAGGCGGAAUCAAGCUCCAUAAAAAUCUCCUGGUGUCCCUAGUUCUCCGGAGCGCUCGGGAGGUGUGUCUGACGAACUACGGCGGUGGCGUGUGCCUCAGCGGAUCGCACCAGGGAGAGACCGGGGAAACAGACCUGGCCACGGAACCGGAGCAGGGCCAGUUUAUUUGGGAGUCUGAGCCCUUGGCAGGCUGUGGUUCUUCGGUCGCCAGUGAAGACGAUUCGACUGUGGUUACGGAGCCAGAUAAACGCACUCACCCCACAGCCCUGCCCCAAACCGAGACUGAGGUGAGGAUAAACUCAGAUUUGGAUCACAGCUGCCGACCAACCCAGAGUGCGGGUGAGGGGGACACAUCUGGCGCUUCUUCUGCCUCAUCGGACGCCUCUGUCCUCCGCAACCCGGUUUCACCCGUAUGCGGCGCGACCGACGGUUCUUGGAUUGCGACAUCGACUCAACCUCUGCAGGCGCGCGGUUCCGGGCAGGAUGGUUCCCGGUGUGGCCUUCCCGAACCAAACUCUCAAAACCGCGGGGCAGCGUGUCGCAAAGCCUGCAGGAAAAGAGACGCGGAUGGUGUUGACUCGCCUGGAGCGGAUUCUCCGGUUAAGAAAAACAAACCGACUCUGCCCUCAUGCGACGAGGACGCGGAGGGAGAGGAGAUGGACACAAGCAACGUGUCCAGUCUCAUUAAUAUUUUUGGAGCCAGUUUUACGGGACUACUGAGUAAAGAGGGCGCCGAGGCAAAGUCAGGAGAGGGUGGUUGCGAUACUGGUGCCGGGCAGGUGUGCUCUGAACUCCCGCUGAAGACUCUGAAUCCCUGGGGAACUGCCAUUGAGGCAUUUUAACCAGCACGCAAAGCACCAGCGUAGACUUUUCAGGGAUUCAAGUGGGUGUUUUAUAGAAUUAUACGUGAUCAAGUUGUGUUACGGAGUAGGCUAAUUAUGCUGUACUAAGUGCUUGUGGGGCCCAGAGUUUAGGCUCGGCCACGUGGAAACCGUGAAAGAGGAAGAGCGGUGUGUACCGGGGUUCUCUCUAACUUCCUUUCACAGAUACUUCCUCAAAGUGUCUGUGUGUAGCUGUGUACUGUGAACAAAACACGUGGGCGCAAGCAGGAAGCGGAUAGAUUUUCCACUUUAGUUGGAAUCGAGUUAAAUUUUAGCUACCUGUUACAAGUACUGGUUUGCGAAGGUUUUAUGCAAAAUGAAGGUUCUCGUGUUCGGUGCUGAAUAUAUGAGUUGCUGUUUUAUGUGGGCGCGAGGUAACCAUGACCACUAGUUGGUUAGGGGGGGGGGGGGGGGCACUGUUGUGGUGUUUCCAGCGUUGGUUUUAAAGUUUCACUAUGCACGGACAGAAGGUUUAUUCGGAGGCCACAACUUUAUUCAGUUCUGUCUUUGUUUUAUAAAGACCAGCAUUUAGCCCAUAUUGUUAUUUUUGUACUUUUUUUUUUUUGCUGUCGUUGCAUUGAAAAAGAUCUAUUUUGACAUUUGUUCUCAAAUCUUAUUUGCGCGUGCACCACGCGAAAUAAAAAUUUUUAUGGAAGUA